AUGGAGUUGGUUUCCAGUGCUUGGAAACACGCAAGUGCAUCGAUGCUCGGCAAGAACCUGAAGUGGCGUGCUAACUUCCCUCUUAGGAUCUGGUACGGCAUGGAUCCCUUUGACUUCUUCUUUGCAUGCAAGGAGAAGUACGGCGACGUCUUCACUUUUAUCCUGCUCGGUCGAAGAGUUACGGUGUGUUUGGGUACCAAGGGGAAUGAGUUUAUCUUGAACGGCAAAUUGAAGGACGUAAAUGCUGAGGAGAUCUACACCGGGCUGACCACGCCCGUGUUUGGGGAGGGCGUGGUGUACGACUGCCCCAACGCCAAACUGAUGGAGCAGAAGAAGUUUGUCAAAUUCGGAUUGACGAUGGAGGCCUUCCAAUCCUACGUCGACUUGAUUUCGAGCGAGACACAGUCGUUCGUGGCCAAGGGCAAGCCUUUUCACGGGGAUUCUGGGACGAUCGACAUUGUCCCUGCCAUGGCGGAACUGACCAUUUAUACCGCAUCACGAUCGCUUCAGGGACCUGAAGUACGCGCCAAAUUCGACUCGACCUUUGCCGAUUUGUACCACGACUUGGACAUGGGAUUUUCACCCAUCAACUUCAUGCUUUCGUGGUUUCCUCUGCCCCAUAACCGCAAACGGGAUAUCGCGCAGAAGAAGAUGGCCGAUACGUAUAUGGAAAUUAUCAAGGCCCGACGGGCUGCUGGUGGCAAGAGGGACAAGGGCGAAGAAGACAUGAUCUGGAACUUGAUGGCCUGCGUUUACAAGGAUGGCACGCCGGUCCCUGAUAAGGAAGUUGCGCACAUGAUGAUUGCCCUGUUGAUGGCGGGACAGCACUCCUCUUCGUCGACGUCCAGCUGGAUCCUACUGAGAUUGGCCACGAGACCGGACAUCCAAGAGGAGCUGUUGGACGAGCAGAAACGGGUGCUGGGCGAGGACCUGCCGCCCCUGACAUAUGACAACCUCCAAAAGCUCACCUUGAACGCAAAAGUAGUCAAGGAGACGCUGAGGAUCCACGCCCCCAUUCACAGCAUCCUGCGGAAAGUGAAGUCACCUUUGACGAUCGUUGCGAAUACCCCGGAGGCUACCAACACGUAUCAGAUCCCCACCACUCAUACACUCAUGUCUGCGCCGGGCGUGACAUCGCGAGAGCCCGAAUUCUUCCCUGAGCCCAUGAAAUGGGAACCCCAUCGCUGGGACGAAGGCCAUCCCUUGGCAUACACCCGCCUCGGCACCGACCAAGAAGAGUUUGAGGAUUAUGGCUACGGUAUGAUCAGCAAAGGUGCCUCUUCGCCAUAUUUACCCUUUGGGGCUGGAAGACAUCGGUGCAUUGGUGAGCAAUUUGCCUAUGUCCAGCUGGGGACAGUUCUUGCGACUAUGGUCCGGCACGUCAAGUUUAGACAGAUUGAGGGCAAGCAAUUGGUGCCCACAGAUUAUUCGAGUCUAUUCAGCAGGCCGAUGGCGCCAGCGGUCGUGGAGUUUGAGAAGAGAAAAAGCGUGAAGGAGAAGAACUAG